AUUUAUUCCUCUUGCUUUUAUCUUUGUUUCUCUCUCUUUCUCCUCCUCUUCACUUUCUCUCUCUACUUUUCUCCCAUCUUCUCUCGAAUUUUCAGGCAAAUCUUAACUCAUGUUUGCUUAACAACUUGAAUUUCCAUUUGGGUAUGACGAAUUUACUUCCAGAGUUUUCAAAAAAUCUGUUAUUUUACCUCAAAUAAUUUCCUAGUAGUCAAACUUAGUAAAAGCACAAUAAGAAUCUUAUACUGGGUUUCAUCAUUUCAUUUUUUUUCUAUUUCAAAGAUUCCAUUUCUCCUAAAGUUAGGAUUUCGAAAGUGGGUUUUUCCUUAAAUUAAUCCAUGCAGACCUUAAUUACGUAAUAAGUUCCUUAAUUUUUUUGGGGGUUUUUGGGAAAUUAUUUAUGGUGGGUCAAACCCCUUAAUUUGUAGGUACUAUUUUGUAUAAAUAAUAAGGUUAUUACAAUCUAGAUGAGAUGAAUUUAGGUGGUGGAUUAGUAGGAUCCAUGAAUUUAACUAGCUCUACAGUUAACCGGAAAUCAGCAGAUGAUAAUUUUCCGGUUGGUCUCCGGGUUCUUUUGGUUGAUGAUGAUCCAACUUGCCUUACCAUCUUAGAAAAGAUGCUUCGUACUUGUCGGUAUGAAGUUACCAAGACAAAUAGAGCUGAGAUUGCCCUAACCUUGCUCCGAGAGAAUAAGAAUGGGUUUGAUAUUGUUAUAAGUGAUGUUCAUAUGCCCGAUAUGGAUGGGUUCAAACUCCUGGAGCAUGUUGGGUUGGAAAUGGACCUUCCGGUUAUCAUGAUGUCUGCGGAUGAUAGCAAGCAUGUUGUGAUGAAAGGUGUUACACACGGAGCUUGUGAUUAUUUGAUCAAACCUGUGCCAAUUGAGGCACUUAAGAACAUAUGGCAGCAUGUGGUGAGGAAGAGGAAGAAUGAGUACAAAGACAUCGAGCAAUCAGGAAGUUGGGAUGAAGGGGAUCGAUCGCAAAAACAAGAAGAUGCUGUUUCAUCUCCUGCCAAUGAUGGGAACUGGAAGAAUUCGAAAAGGAAAAGUAGCGAGGAUGAUGAGAAUGAGGAAAAGGACGAGUCGACUUCUCUUAAGAAACCUCGGGUAGUUUGGUCGGUUGAGCUUCACCAACAGUUUGUGGCCGCUGUAAACCAGCUUGGCAUUGACAAAGCCGUUCCAAAGAAAAUACUGGAGCUGAUGAACGUUCCUGGUCUUACAAGAGAAAAUGUGGCUAGCCAUCUUCAGAAAUAUCGCUUGUAUCUAAGAAGGUUGAGUGGAGUAUCACAACACCAAGGUGGAAUAAACAGCUCGUUUAUGCCCCAGGAUACAGGUUUUAGCUCAAUGUCAUCGCUCGGAGGUAUUGAUCUCCAAACUCUAGCCGCUACUGGUCAACUUUCCGCUCAGACUCUAGCGGCAUACACCAGAAUCCCUCCUCCUAUUAAACCCGGCAUGUCAAUGCCGUUUGUCGACCAGAGAAAUCUCUUUAGUUUUGACAACAAUAAGGUAAGAUACGGAGAUCCACAACAAGCACAGAUCAGCAAAACUAGUAAGCAAAUGAACCUGCUGCACGGAAUCCCGACAUCUAUGGAACCUAAGCAAAUCGGAGGAUUAAAUCAAUCUGUACAAUCCCUUGGGAAUAUGAACAUGCAAGCUAAUGCUACAAGUAGUCAUCAAAAUAGUUCUUUAAUGAUGCAGCAGAUGGUCCCACAACACUCACGGGGUCAAAUUUUAAACGAAAAUGUCAAUGCUCAAGCUUUACGGAUUCAAUCUUCGAUCGGGCAGUCAUUGCAGUCAAAUGGGACCGGAAGUUCAGUUAUAUCGAGAAAUAAUGUGCCUUAUGAUCCAGUUGCUCAAGCUGGCCCGGUGGUAGAUUACUCUGUCAACCAGAUCUAUGAUUUACCAAGCAAUAGCUUCCCUCUUGGUAGUACCCCAGGGAUAACAUCUAACUCGGAAAUUAAAGUAACGAGAGGAUUUGUUGGGAGUUACGAUAUUUUCAGCGAUCUUCAGCAGAAGCCUCAAGAAUGUUAUUUGCAGAAUCCUAACAUGUCGUUUGGUGGGCCCUCCCAACAUGUAUCGUCUAUGCAAAGCAGUGUGAAUGUUGCACCCUCGGUUUUGGUAAACCAGUCCUAUAUUUCCUCUCAUAAGAAUGAACAGAAUGGGAACACCAUUCCCGGGAAUCCGAUUUUUUCAGUCGGAUUAGAAAAUCAAAACGUGGGUACGCAGAACGUCAAUCAGAACAUCAACAGCGUAGUCAUUAAUCAUUCUUCAAAGGUGAAGGCAGAGAGUGUUUCUGACGUGGAGAGCCCGGGAGCCCACCUCUUUUCCGAGCACUAUAGUCAGGACGAUUUGAUGAGUCUUCUUAAGCAGGUAAGGAGCAGCAAGAAGGCAUCGGAUCGGACUACGACUAUGAUGGGUAUACCUUGGAUAAUAUUCCUAGGAUAGGAAUAUAAUACGACUUUAAAAUUCCGGUCUUGAGAUUGUGAAUGUACAUAAUUGCUGCUGCAAAUUGGUGAGGAACUCCAUAUACACUAAAAGAUUUAAACCCGCGUCUGGACCGCCAUUUUCAGCUAAAAAACAGCUUUCAUGGUUGGUAUAGAUUUAGUUAUUCUAUCGUUCGUUAUAAUUCAAAAAAGUUUUGAUUGUUUCUAAGGCUGUGUCGUUCGUGGUGAUUACUGCAUAGCUUUGUGCAUAUGAAAGGGGUGGGAGAAGUCUGCAGAUUGGUAGAGGAGUUUUAUUCUUGUUCUUUGUUACUCUUGUGUUCUUCUAACUUGAAUAUCCACACUUAAAUGUGUAGCUUUUAGACUUUGAUGUACAAAUCUCAUUUGAUUGCUCAGGAUAAUGCUCUUGAGAAUUAUUUUUUCUUUGGUUGCUUCUUUGUGUAUUGGUUCUUUUAAGGAUAUUUGCUUUCUCCUUUUUUUUUAAUUUUUUUUUUAAAUUAAUGACCCCAUACUUCUCUUUGUACCCAAUUGAAUGAUGUUUGUCAUUAUCUUUGGUAAAAUUUACUCUCGUUUAAGAUGGUUUAUUUGUGAGAUAGUCUUAAA